UCUUCAUCCGCACUACGGAGUGGGGCGACGCAGGGAUGCUGUAUAAAAGUGGCGGGGCGGCGUGGCCAACCUCAGACAAGAACAAGUCGCGAGCGUGUAAGUGACCCGCGGCUGCCUGAUACUUUAAAGUCGCCAUGAUACGCUAAGACAUCACCAGAAUUAUUUUAAGUGUGAGUUUGACAGACAGAAAAACAGUUGAACGCCACUGAGUGAUUCUCCACCUGAGGCCCAGGAUAGCCCGCCGCCAGCACCUACAGCCCAGCGUCCACGCUCGCCAGGAUGCCCACGGAAACAAUAUCCCCCGACAUGAGGGAGGAAGCGGACUUGGAGGAGGAGGAGGAGGAGAGAGCAGCGGACGCCUCAGGGACGGAGUCUGAGGGGGAGAGCAGCCGAGACGCGACCAGCGGGAGGAAAGAGCCGCGCGACACAUCCAUCCAGAGAGAGCUCGCGGACGCCAUAGUUCGCUUGGCGCCCAUCGAGGAGCUCCGCUUCCUGCUGCAGUGUGGCGCUAACGUGAAGGACCCCGUGACGCAGGGCCUGUCGCCCCUCCACUACGCCGUGUGGCAGCGCUACCCCGAGGCGGCGGAGUUCCUCAUCGGCGAAGGGUGUGACAUAAACGCUCGGGAUGAGAUCGGCUACACGGCCUUGCAUCUCUCCGCGGAACACGGCUACACGGAGAUGAUGAAGACGCUCAUCAAGCACGGGGCGCAGGUCAACUUCAACAUCCCUCCUGAGUUCGAGGAUGACUUCCCUACCGAUGCCUUCGACGAACCUUUGCGUCUCGCCAUCAAGCACGAUCAUCACGAUGCUGCCAAAUUGCUUCUGGAGAACGGAGCAAACCCCAACACUCGGUAUUUCUUUGGUUCAGAGAUCAACCUCGUCAACCCCCUCAACACGACCCUCCUCAACCUCCUCCUGUCGUACGGCGCCAACGCUAACGCCAGGGACCGCCAGGGCUUCACGCCGCUCAUGAAGUGCUGUCGCCUUCAGCAGGAUGCAUCAGAUGAGAUGGAAAACCGUGAUAUGAUCUCAGGUGCUGAGAUUCUGCGCCACUUCACUCAGACCCUCAAGGGCCUUGAGGCAGUGCUGCUUCUCAUCUCCUUUGGGGCCAACGUCAAUGCUCGCACCGAGGCUCGUCAUGACUACAGGACAGUCCUACACUACGCUGUGCUCUCAGGUUCUGUGCCCAUCGUCAACUUGCUCCUGAAGCAGGGCGCACGCGUCGUCUUUGAGUCAACGUACAACAAGCCCACACCACUGGAUUUGGCCAUCCUCAAAGGUGACGUGGAGAUGGUGCGCCUCAUGCUGGACCACAAUGCCAAUCUGGAUGCUAGUUCCCCCAUCAUUGGCUCUCCGCUGCACAUGGCUUGUAGUGAGGGGAUUCCCAACCGCCUGGAGAUUCUCAAACUUCUGUUAGAGCGAGGAGCCAACCCAAACCUUGUGAUUGUGGGUGAGGAUAACUCUCCGAUCAAGCCAGCCCUUGGGGAGUACCUGGCCUCCAAUGAAAACCCAGAAGUGGAAGUGGUGAACCUUUUCCUGAAGCAUGGUGCUGAGGUGGUCAUGCAGAGCCAGAGCAGAGACCCUCGUGGCCUCCUCAACUGCUUGCCCAACCUCACGAAGAGACCCGACGUCCUCAUCCCCCUCCUGGAGGCAGCUCAGCGCUUCGACCUGACCAUCAUAAAGCACUCCUCUCUGAUAGACAAUGACCAGAGAAAAUUAUAUCUAAAGGUGGGCCAGUCUCCGCUCCCCUUGAAGCACCUCACCCGGGUGUUCUUGCGCCAGGAGCUUGGCGACAAGCUUCCCUGCAGGAUUGACGAGCUGGACCUUCCUAUGAUCAUGAAGAAAUACCUGCUGUAUGAAAUUAGCUAACUGGCCAGCCCUUGCUAGGUUAAGGUAGGCUUAGGCAGCUCAGCAUGUACAGAUCCAGCUUUUGAUACUCAUGUGUAUAUAAUUUGUGUAUAUAAACAUAGUUUUUCUCAACACAGCCAUGAGGCUUCCUGGGUUGAGAGAUUUAUCAUGAACUUUAUAAUACAUAUUUUUCUUAAAAAUAUAUAUAAGGUACGGAGAAGCUCAGCAUAGACACACCUUGCAUGUGUCUGCUUGAGAAUUCUUCCGGGUAAACUAGUUGCUUUGCAUCUCAUUAUUGUGAUAUUUUUAUUCAAAACCUCAGUGGUGGUAGUGUUGUAGUGCCCUUGAGCUACAUGUCUCUUUGCACAUCCACAUCCAUAAUAUGUACCAAAAAGAUUUCCCUCAAUAAGUGAAAUAAUAUUAAUAGAAAUAUCUUCAGGUCAUAGAAUAUGAAAUAGAAUAAAUACUAAUGAGUGAGACACUCGAUGCUGAAAAACAUUUUUGAAAGUAUUUUUCUUUAUCAUGUGAUAUUAUCAGGCCAUUUAUCAGUAUUUUUUUUACUUUUAACUAACAAAAGAAAAACUUUGAUACAAUGAUGUUCAUAUGCAUAAAGAAAUCAUUAUAGUGCAAGAUAAAAACAAAAUAUCUCCAGGAACCUUUAGUUCUCUGAGCAGCAAAUGUUGCUCUUGAUUUUUACAAAAAUAAAUUUGAUGAAAAGGCUGCCCUUUAUGCAGCAAACACUGAAUGGUCUUUCUUAGUAAGGUCAUUAUGCAUAUUAUAACACCGGACUGUAUUACUUGCAGCCCUUCCAUAUAAGCACUGUGCUGGUAAAGGCCAGUACUAUAUUGGUACAUGGAAAUGGUGGUAGUUUUCUUUGGUAGUAAUGUUCAGUGUUCACUAAGUAUAUAUAUAUUUUAUGUUCACUUUUUAUUUGAUACAUUUUAUUCACCAUUUGCCCUCGUAUGACAUUUUGCAUACACUUUGUUUGCAGGUAUUACUCUGCAUUUUAUUCAUCAUUAUCAUUACCAUCUUCUUUACCCAUUUCUAGUCAAGUGCAGGACAAAGCUAGGCCUUACCCUUCCUCUACCUCUUUCUGUCUGAUGCAAUCCAGCAUGCUCUGGAAAAGGCUUUGAUUUCAUCUCUGCUUAAUCCUCUGUUUGCCUCGACUUCUACAAUACCUGGGUUGCUACUCUGUUGUUUGGGUUGUCCAUCACUUAUCAGUUUUAUGUAUGAUAUAACCUCAAGUCCUUACCUUAUUCCUAAUCAUCAUUGAAAUAUCUUCAACCUUUGUCUGUUCCCUAAUCAGAAAUUCUUGCUCACUGUCUCUCCAUGUUAUGCUCACCUUUUAUCUUUCCAUUCCUCUUUGUGCAAUUUUUUACUUUCUCUCUAAAACUUUUGUGAUACACCAAGUUUCUGAACUGUUUGUUAGGGCUGGCAUAAUAUAAUAAUUGUACACUUUUGUCUUCAGUGAGUGGCAAGCUGCUAUUCAUGAUAUUACUGUUUCCUAAAAGUAAUCCAUCUCAUCCUAUUUCCUCUCUGAUUUUUUUUUCUUUUCCUGAGCUGGGUUUACACUAAUUGUUUUGUUUUUGGUCAUUAUUAGCUGUCCUGCUGACUUAUUGUUAAACAUAGCUUCAUUUUCUUUAUAUUCAUCUUCAAACCUACUUUCAGACUCUUUCUAUGGAGUUGAUUAAGUAAGAAUGUCAUCUUUGAAUUUAAGGUUGUUUAGAUAAUCACCGUCUAUCUUGAUUCCUUUAUGUUAUCCUGCCCUAAUUUCAUGGAUAUGUUAACUAGACCUGAAUCAUUACUCCAUGAAUAAAGGAACCAGAGUCAUACAUUAGACGCACAUGAGCUCUUUUGCUCUGUUUGUGAUUUCUUUGGAGCCGAGGUGAAUUUUUUUAGAUUUGUUGUUUUUGGUGCAUUUUUAGUGGCCACAUUUGUAUGCCACCAAACCCUUUUGUGGAAUUAAGAUUUUGUGAGGUAAACUUGAACCAGGCAUUAUUUGUUUAAAAGGAGAAGCUAUAUAGUGAUGCUGUCAGACUGAUCUUUAUUUUAACAAGCUCUGCAGCAGACAGGCUUUUCUAUACACCUGUACAGACUGUCCAAGGAGAAUACAGGCACACUGACCAGACAUGCAUGCUUCUGGGUUUAGUUAAAAAAAAACUUGCACAGUUGCAUAAAAUCAUCUUUACAUAUCAUCACUAGCUAUAUGUAUAUAGUUGUGGAUUUUGUAACAACAUUUAUGCAGUAUUUUUGUAAUAUAUAUGUACUUUAUUAAUUUUUCUACUGUUUUAUAUUUAUCUAUGUAGAUUAGAGUCUUGUUUUAAGAUUUUAAGAUACUUUACUUUUAGCCAAAGUGCAUUGAGAGAUUUCACAAGGAAAAUUAUAAAUUUGUGGUCAAAAUUUUUAGCUGUUUUUUCAGUACAAUAAGUUAUUUCCCAGAAAGAGAAGAAGUUUUGGCUUUGUGCAAAAUGAAAAGGUUAACAAUAAUAGAAUACUUUAUGGAUACAAGAAAAAUUGUUUCAUGGGGGAAAAGUUUUCAUAGAGAAAGGCAGUAUAUCAGUAUGCAUAAUUUGCUUGAUGCGCACUCCCAUUGUUAGCAAAGUUCAAUAAACAAAUGGCAAGGAUGUCCCUUGUGCUGAUUUCCUUGGGUAUGUUAAGGUUUACCAUAAUUUACAGAAUUUUAUUUGACACUUUGCAUUUUCCAAUUUCAUAUAUAAUAUCAAACCUAUUACUGUAGCCUAUUGCUACAAAAACAAUCUAUGGAUACAGACUACAAAGCUAAGUGUACUACCUAAGCAGUGCAUGUGCCAGCUUCUCUGGCAUAGACAUUGAAAUUUGGAAUAUAUUCGAACAAAUAUUGGACAGGAAAAAACAUCCAUGAGGUGAAAUAUUAAUUGGAUGGCAGUGAAUGGAGACUGGGUGACUCAAGGCUGACAUCAGAUCCAGUAUGAUGCACCCUGCUAAACCCAGUCAAGUGAAUGGACCAGCACUGAAUGGAUAUGAAGAUCAUGAAAUAUAAAAGUCAAGGUUACUAUUCCAAGCAUCACAGUGGUCAAUGGACUGCUGCUAAUAUGCCUGUUCAGUGUUUCCUAGACUCAAAAUCUGUAGUACAUGGCAAGAGGAUGAUAGAAUAAACCAGGUCCUCUGUAUAUUGCUUAGCAUAUGAAUGAUUUAAAAUUAGCCUGUAUAGUAAAAUUAAAUGGAAUCAUGUGGCAACCUUGACAAUGUUGCUGCUCCUUGCUGCAUGACUCAAGGAGACAAUGCCUGAUAUUCCACUGUGGAGCUGAGACUGUCCCAGGUUUGCUUUGUAUGAGCUGAGGAGGAGCAUGUAUAGGAUAUUUAGAACAUAGAAUGAUGAGACAUGAAAGUCUCUGACAUUUAGGUGUGUAAACAAAUUAAAGAAAUAAAUUACUAUACCCAAUUA